AUGGUGGCCGUUGCCCUUCUCAGCGCCAUAUUGGGCGGUCCGAUCGCCGCUUCACCGACCAAUAUCACCCGCCGCUGGGACAAAUCGGCGACUGCGAAUGAUCAAAUAUGGUCCAAAGCAGUCUGUAAGGGCGGUGAGUUUGUCGAAGCCUUCACCCGUAACGACGAGGAAGCUGCGAAGAUCUUCAAACCCGCGGCGAAUCCACCUACCAUGCGGAAUGAAUGGCAAGGCGAUCUCAAGGAGGAUUUGUCCAAGUGGGGAUGGGAAGAGACCGAUCCACAUGCUGAAUAUUUUUGCAACUUUGAGACAUUCUGGCAGUACAGCACGCCCUACGACGCGCUUGGUCUGAACAAAAAGCCCAAGUACCUGGGAUUCCCCAAGCAUUCCAGUCCAGAUGGUGGUGACAACAUCUGUUAUGAGCUCUGGCAUGGCGACAAAGAGUUGGAUGAUGACAAUGAGAAACGCUUUGUGGACCAGGAAUACAAAGUCAACGAUCAGGAGUACUCGAAAACGGGCGCCAAUCAUAAAAUUGCUAUCAAUCACGUCGGUGGUGUUGUCACCGCACAGUUUCGUCUGAGUCCCGCCCAUGCCGCAGAGAAAAAUUGGGGCUAUAAACCGCAAAGAACUGAACUUCCUGCACUACGCACUUCUGCCGACCUUCUCUGGGGAUUGUGGUACCGUGACAAUCCUGACGUCAAGAACAUUCGCUAUUUCUGGGCCCAGAACGUUCAAAACAUCGAUACUUCACGAAUUGCCGCUUCAGCGCUGAGUAUUUGGGGGAAAGAACUCUCCGGCUGGCCAGGCGCGACAUUCGACAUGGACAGCGACGAGGGAAUGGCAUUGCUCGGAUCGCCCAAUGCGAUCUCCUUUGGGUACUUCCUGGUCAGCCACAAGAAAGAGCUGGGAAAUAAGAAGAUUAAUAAAGCUCAGGUGUUCUUCGGAAACGAGAACUCGAGGAGUCCGAUGGACAAGAGACAUCCUGAUCUGUUGUUCUAUGUGGAAGAUGUGCCGGAAGAGACGGGAAAAGGCACUGGAGGACAACAUGACGAUCAACCCUAGGGAAUGAUUGCCGAAACGGAAGUUUGUAGUCGGAAUGGGCAUGAAGACGGCGGUGCGCGGCUACAGAUCGUAGUUUUCAGGAUUAGCGACUGCACGUAGGUCUGUCUCAACGUGCAAUACGGGCAUACAUCUAGAACGCCAUCUCACAGCCCCUUCUAUUUUGCUGUAAUCUCCGCGUCUUCAAAGGAUGGCGUCAAGAUCGACCGUCUGUGACUGCCGACCUACAUCUUGAUCUGUAGGCGGCUAAUCUCCUCACUGCCUCACCGAUGAUGUGGAACUUCACCCGGCGCUACCUCGAUUGCUCCCAGUAGACGAUCAGGAUUCAAUAUCGGUGUUUUGAAUACUACAAGACUCCACACAGACCAUACUCGAGUGGACACAGGCUCGACAGAGC